AUGCGGUGGCGGCUGCCUGGCGCCCGUACGACCCUCCCCGCCAGCGUCGCACUCCUUCUGCUCCCCGUUCUCGUCGCUCCGCAGCAGCUGCACGAACGCCAUGACCGUCCGUCCGCCGUGUCUGUCCCCCUCGAUCCGACCGGACAUCUCCCCGAUAGUCACCCCCCUCCGACGUUGAACGUGAAGUCCAACGAUGCGAGCGCCCUAGCAACUCUGGCUCUGGCGGGCUCCGGCCGCGCCGUUCGAGCCCCUCCUGCCCAGGCCAGCAGUCCCUCUGCCGGCCUGGCUCCGCAGCUCCAUGCGCGGUCCUUGCAGGACUGGGAGGUUGAGGAUUUUGUUCUGCUGGCGACCGUCGACGGUUCCAUUCACGCACGAGACCGUAAAUCCGGCUCUGCCCGUUGGGCCCUCGAGGUCCCUAGCAGUCCCAUGGUCGAGAGCAUCUAUCAUCGCCAAAACCGGUCCAGUUUCGACCGUACCCAGCCCCAGGAUGAUUUUAUAUGGAUCGUUGAACCCAGUCAAGGAGGCAGCAUCUUCAUCUACAGUCCCGACCCCGAUGCCGGCCUGCAGAAGCUCGGCUUGACCGUCAAGGAGCUGGUGGACGAGACCCCUUACUCGGGUACAGAUCCCGCGGUCACCUACACGGCUCGGAAGGAAACCACCCUCUACACCAUUGACGCCCGCACUGGUACGAUCUUGCGGGUCUUCAGCUCUCGGGGCCCCGUGCCCGCGGGCCAGGAGUGUCGCAAAGUAGAUGGACUCGACGUCGAUGCCGAAGAAUGCGAAUCUCCCUCCGGCACCCUAGUUUUGGGCCGCAUCGAAUACGCCGUGGCCAUCCAAAAUACCGAAACCGGGGAUCCUAUAUGCACCCUGAAAUACUCGGAGUGGUCGGCCAACAAUCGCGACAUGGAUCUCCAGAGUCAAUAUUUCCGGACGAUGGAUCAAAGUCAUAUAUACAGCAUGCAUGACGGUGUGGUACUUGGUUUCGACCAUUCUCGAAUGGAGCGGCCUCGCUACACGCAGCGAUUCUCUUCGCCGGUGGUGCGAGUAUUCGAUGUGGUCCGCCCGAUCAACGUCGACUCGCCCGAGGCCGCCACGCCUCUGGUGCUCUUGUCCCAGCCACUGCAACCCCCGGACCCAGACUACGGCUCUCUGGAUGACCGAGACACCCGCGUUUUUAUCGACUGCACAGAUGCGGGGGGCUGGUAUGCUAUGUCUGAAGAGACGUAUCCCCUGGUGACAGGACGUGCCAAGAUGGCGCAGUGCUAUGAAAAGGAUUAUUUCCGCCGAGGGCAACCCCUGACGAGCUUGCCAUCCAACCAGCAGCGCGAUGCACUGACUGGUGUUCAUUCACUCAAUGGCCCCCGCAUCGUUCGACCUCACAUCCCCAGUAUCUCGGGGUCGUCCGCGGAGCGUUCCAACGACACUCCACGCGACCUGAUCCGCAAUCCGUCCGAGUUGGCUCUUCCCCCCGCCUUGCGUCACAGCGCCAUUAUCCGCAAGAGUUGGGACAAUGUUGUGGACAUCUUUGUGACAAUGUUGCUCCUACUUUUCUGUGCCUUCAUCUACUUCAAUUCUCACCAUAUUCAGGAGCUGGCGAAGCAGAAAUUGGAUCUCAAGAACAUCAUCUCUUCCUACGGGCAGCCAUCAUUGUCCACCCCAUCAACCCCAAUAAUUGGCAGCAAUCCAUUCAAAAGCGACAGUAGUCCUGCGCGACCGGUACCUAACGUAACCGUUGACGUCAAUGUGCCCGAGGAUCAACAGAACGACGGCGAUGCCACGCCGAAACCGAGCAAAGAUCGCAGCCUCCUGGUGGCAGACACGACCCCUCGCGUCCGGAUUAGGGAGCCCUCGCGGGGUCCAGACGGUGAUGACGAUGUGGAAGACUUGACACUGGACGGCACUGAUAAGCCCAAGAAGAAACGCCAGCGAGGUCGUCGUGCAGGCCGAAACCAUCGACGUGGGAAGAAACCGGGUGCCGACGUCGACGCCAAGGAGCCGGCAGAUCGGGCCGGGGAUGAGUCGAACAACAGCCUUCACCCUCCAUCCCGGUCGGAGGCGGAAGCUCCAUUAACCCGCACCGUUUCCAACGAAGUCGUCGAGAUGGACGGCGUUCUUCAGAUCGGUCGCCUCAGAGUGUUUACCGACGUCGUACUGGGUCACGGGAGUCAUGGCACGGUGGUGUAUCGUGGGUCCUUUGAUGGCCGGGACGUUGCAGUGAAGCGGAUGCUGGUUGAGUUUUACGAUAUCGCUUCCCACGAGGUGGGCUUGCUCCAAGAAAGUGACGACCACAACAAUGUUAUCCGCUACUUCUGUCGAGAGCAGGCGUCCGGUUUUCUCUACAUUGCCCUGGAGCUAUGCCCUGCAUCUCUGCAAGAUGUAGUUGAGCGACCGUCCGAUUAUCCGCAGCUGGUGCAAGGAGGAUUGGACAUGCCGGACGUCUUGCGUCAGAUCGUCUAUGGCGUCCGCUACCUUCACUCCCUCAAGAUCGUCCACCGGGAUCUGAAGCCGCAGAAUAUUCUGGUGGCAAUGCCUCGCGGGCGUACAGGCUCUCGCUUCUUGCGACUGCUGAUCUCCGAUUUCGGCCUAUGUAAAAAACUCGAGGACAACCAAAGCUCGUUCCGGGCCACCACGGCCCAUGCGGCGGGUACGUCUGGCUGGCGGGCCCCCGAACUCCUGGUAGACGACGACAAGGCUCCAUCUGCACACAGCAUCGAAUCCCAGCACACCGAAUCCUCCGAGCCUGCGGUGGUGGACCCGCAAACCAAUCGUCGAGCCACUCGCGCCAUCGACAUCUUCUCCCUCGGAUGUGUUUUUUACUACGUCUUGACCAGGGGCAGUCAUCCAUUCGACAAGAACGGCAAAUUCAUGCGGGAAGCGAACAUCGUCAAGGGCAACUUCAAUCUGGACGAAUUGCAGCGCCUGGGCGAUUACGCAUUCGAGGCCCAUGACUUGAUCCAGUCCAUGUUAGCCCUAGAUCCUCGCAAGCGACCGGAUGCCAGUGCUGUCUUGACCCAUCCGUUUUUCUGGCCUCCUUCCGAGCGGCUGAGCUUCCUUUGUGACGUGUCCGACCACUUCGAGUUCGAGCCGCGGGACCCCCCUUCGGAUACACUGCUUUGCCUAGAAUCGGUGGCGACGCAGGUGAUGGGGCCGGACCUGGACUUUCUCCGCCUUCUCCCCAAGGAGUUCAAGGAUAAUCUGGGCAAGCAACGCAAGUACACCGGCUCGAAGAUGUUGGACCUUCUCCGAGCUUUACGCAACAAGCGUAAUCACUACAACGACAUGCCGGACCACCUCAAGGCCCACAUCGGCGGGCUUCCGGAGGGGUAUUUGAACUUCUGGACCGUCCGGUUCCCCAGUCUCUUGAUGAGUUGUCAUUCGAUCAUCGUGGACUUGCGCCUGACGCGGAGUGAUCGAUUCAAGCGUUACUUCACCGUGCCCGAGUGA